AUGCCUCGCUCAGCCUAUGACCCUCCUACAAGCACGCACGAUGACGAUGAUUCCGAUGACUAUGAGCAUUACCGCGCUCCAGUAACAGCUCCAGUUUCUCCCACUUAUCGACGUCGGUUUCCAGCACACGAAAAUGAUAGCUUGCUCGGAAAUGACUCCCGCCGAACAACCUACGGUACCGCAUCGAGACCGGAUACGUUCUUCCGAUACAACACCACAGGAGGUACGCUUCGCCGGUCCCGGCAUCAUAGCCGUAGAGCUUCAGCGCGAUUUCCGGUUGGUUCUAGAUCUCAGACUCAGGCUCAGGCGGACGAUACACCCAAAGACUGGAACGAAGAUGUCAUGCAGGGAUCGUCGUUCUUAGAUGAACGCCUAUGGUACGAUCAGUUUACGUCUAUUGACUGGGUUCAUGACAGUAUCAAGGACGGCAUUCGAUUGCGGGAGUUGCGGAGUCGCAAGGACUUUCGUGGCCGGUUACUUGCCCUGUUCGAUGGUGCCCAAGGAUGGAUUCUCGUAGCCGUCAUCGGUUGUAUUACUGCAGCCAUUGCCUAUUUUGUGGAUAUUGUCGAUAAGCAUGUUUUCGAGUUAAAGGACGGAAUUUGCACAACGUCUUGGUUUACGACCCGUAGAGAUUGCUGCGGCGGUGAGAGAUCAUGCGACGCAUGGAAUUCGUGGUCACAAAUAGUGGGGUUCUCUCGAUUCGAUAAUGAUUCGGUGGACUUUAUUUUCUACGUUUUCUGGGCCAUCUUAAUGGCUAUGGGUGCAUGUGGACUUACCAUGUUCACAAAAACGGUUAUACCUUCAACAAUCGCUCUGUCCACAUUGGACGAGAACCUAGGUGCAGAGAGCAGUGACGGUCCUAGAAGUCCCAGUGGAUACUACACCAGACUGCGAAGUAAGCCAGCCACUAUCUACUACUCUGCUGCUGGCAGUGGAGUGGCAGAGGUCAAAGUUAUUUUGAGCGGCUUUGUUUUGCACGGGUAUUUGGGAUUGAAGACUCUUAUGUUCAAGACUUUUGCUUUGAUCUUGGCCAUUUCGUCUGGUAUGAGCUUGGGCAAAGAAGGGCCUUAUGUACACAUUGCAACAUGCGUGGGCAACAUUUGCAGUCGUGGGUUUAAGAAGUAUCACACCAACGAUGCCAAACGCCGAGAAGUUCUUGGAGCUGCCGCAGCCAGCGGUGUGGCAGUUGCUUUUGGAGCGCCUAUUGGAGGUGUUCUUUUUGGACUGGAAGAAGUGAGCUAUUAUUUCCCUCCAAAGACCUUGUUUAGAACAUUCUUUUGCUGCAUUGCUUCCGCAUUAUCCCUCAAAUUCCUCAAUCCCUACGGUACAGGCAAGAUCGUGCCGUUUCAGGUACGAUACGUCUCUGAUUGGGAGAUGUUCGAGAUGGGACUUUUUAUUCUGUUAGGUAUCCUAGGUGGAGUCCUAGGUGCCCUGUUUAUCAAAGCCACGAAUAUCUGGGCUAGAUCAUUCCGUCGGAUCCCAGUGAUCAAACGAGCACCUAUUUUGGAAGUUGUUCUGGUGGCCUUUCUUACAGGAGUCGUGAGCUUCUGGAACCGCUAUACCAAGCUAGCUGUGGCCGAGCUUCUUGAAGAACUCACGGCACCAUGCGAUCCGACCGGCGUGACAAAAUCUGGUCUGUGUCCAAACGAGAAGGAGGAUAUUUUGGAGGUGGUGAAGUAUCUGCUCGUGGCUUUUGUGGUCAAGAGCCUGUUGACAACCAUUACCUUUGGAAUAAAGGUCCCAGCUGGUAUAUACGUUCCUUCCAUGGUUGUUGGCGGCCUGAUGGGACGGAUCGUUGGACAUUUGACACAAUAUUUUGUGGUUUCAUACCCGGACUUGUUUCUUUUUGCCAGUUGUCCUGCUGUUCCCGGCGUUGAGUCAUGUGUCACACCUGGCGUCUAUGCGAUGGUAGCUGCGGGAGCGACCAUGUGUGGCGUUACUCGACUUUCAGUGACGCUGGCUGUCAUUUGCUUUGAAUUGACUGGCAGCUUGAAUCAUGUGCUACCAUUCUGCAUUUCUAUUCUAUGCGCCAAGUGGACGGCUGAUGCUAUUGAGCCGCGGAGCAUUUAUGACUUGCUUACCGAUAUGAAUGAUUACCCAUUCCUUGAUAACAAAGGCAGUCAUCCAGCCACGGACCAGACGUUGGGUGACCUCAGUCGAUCCACAGGCCGCCACCGAACCAUCGAUAUCACUGACUCCCCACUCGUCAGAGCCAAGGAUCUGCGCGGAAAACUUGACUACCUGCUCAUGGCCGGUGAACUCGAUAGCGGCCUACCGAUUGUGCGAGAUACAGUAUUGGUAGGCAUGAUUGCAGCCACCGAUCUUGAGUUUGCAUUGGAUGGACUUGAGGAUGAAUAUGCGGAAUUCUGCAUCAUGUCUCCCGACCAUCAGAAUUGGCCUGAGCCCUAUAACGAGGAUGGUGAGACGAAUAGUAUUGUGCAUGAUUUUACGAUUUACAUUGAUCCGUCUCCUGUUGCUCUCGACGUUCACUCACCACUAGAUUUGGUUUAUCAAUGUUUCGUCAAACUAGGUCUUCGAUACGUGUGUGUUCUGCAAGAUGGCAAGUUCCAGGGACUAGUUCAUAAGAAGCAAUUCGUGAAGCACAUGAGGGAGCUUGGGAAGUCUUAA